CCGGGGGUGGGGCAAUAAGGAUGAGUGAGGGGGAGGUCUGUGGGAUGUGAUCAGAGCAACCGGACACCGAGCGCUCCAGCGGCUUCUGUCCGCUCACAUGACACCAAAGGCCGGCGGAGGAUCGGCAAAGUGUGCGGCGUUGCAGGUCGCAAGAGGAGGCGCCUCGAUCCGCCUUGGACCGCCACAAUGCUCGCCGGAUUGCCCGACGCCAACAGCGACACAACAAAGUCAACAACAACAACAACAACAAUAAAGAAGAACAAACACUGCGACACUCACACGCAGAUGGCGUCCAUUUUGUCUUGUCAAGCGGACAAGGUGGACAAAGCGGGCUGGCUGCGAAGGUUCUGCGGCAAAGUACUGUUCCGGGAGAUCUGGAAGAACCGCUUCGUCAUCCUCAAAGACCAACAGCUGAUGGUCUGUGAGAAAGAGGGUCGCGCAGGCGCUGACGAGGUUUUGGACUUGAGCCACUUCGGCAGCUGCGACGACGUCAAGAACCACAAAAAGAAAAGUCGAAGCAAAAAGAAUCACAGCAAGUUUACGCUUCAACGAUGCUGCUCAGCAAACAACACGGUGGUGAGCGUUCUGUUCCUGGCAGUGAGUCCCGAGGACAAAGAGUCAUGGAUCAACGUGCUCAACGUCGCCAUCACGAGGGCCAAGAACAAAAUCCUGGAUCAGGUGACCACAGACGAGACUCAGUUGUGUCACCUGACCCGAGACCGAGCCAGGAUCGGUCAUGGUCGCCGCCUGCCGAGCCGAGGGCAUCUGCUGGCUGUGGCGUCUUUGUCAGACGGGACCGUGACUUUGGAUCUGAUUCACGAGGAAGACGUUCCAACACCAUGCAAACCCGAGAGCUGCGAUUUAGAAUCCCCGCCCACCUCGUACCAUGACGGGUCCAUACCGCAUGGCACACUCUUCGUUGGGACUGCUCAAGCCUCUGGGAAGUCACAGAGUCUUCCUCGUGAGGCACUGGCAAAAGAGCAGACAGGUCCCAGCUGCACUUUCGGGCCAGGAAAUGAAUCCAGGACAUCCCAGAAGAACCGCUGCGCCUCAAUGGAUGAGAUUUCCAGCCACUCGGACAAGAACCGGGCUUCGCCACUGCGCUCGGACGGCUCUUCGUCCGUAAGUCGCCUGCGCCGCCUCAUCAGCCUCAAAGUGGCACAGACGGAGCAGCUGUUGGCGGCCACACGGGAUGCGCCCGAGUUUGACCGCAAAGGCAAAGAUGGAAAACUGAUAGAGUCAAUGGAGGAAAUGAGAGUGGAAGCCUCCAACCUCCUGAAGGAAGCACUCGCAGCCCUGGAGCAGGCCCGCCAGGUCCUGCAGGAGGUGAAGGAGCUCAGGGAACUCCACGGCCAACUGGACCAGUUGCAAGAAAGGAACCGGCAUCAGCACAAUUCCCCAACCUGAAGCCACUAAAUGGACAAGCAAACAGUGGGAUCAACUAAAAGGAAAACAUCAACAUCUUCUGUGUCAUUCUAACUCAAAUCUAACUGAGUGUAAGCUAACAACGCAACAUGCGAACUCAUUCACCGGGGAAUGACAUUUUUCGACGCGGAUGGGUGCGAGAGCCUCUUACCCUGCUUCACUGUCAAUUUAAUGUUUGGAAACAUUACUGACAGCCACCAGUAGAUGGCAGCGUUGCACCAUUUCAAAUCAGCAGCUCAGUUAGUGACGGUUUGCGUUGUGGUCGUGAACGGAAGUAUGCGCGCGCGUGCGCGUGACAAAAUACAACAGAGAUCUUGAAUUUAUGACGAGGAUGACAGUCGCUAUGUAAUGAGUCACUCAAUCUGGUGAGUUUA